AUGUGUGGAGCAUUGCGGAUUAGAAUAUGUGAAGUUUCGGGUUCAUUUUUUAAUUGGAAUAACAAACAGGAAGGAAGGGUUCGAGUUUAUGCCAAACUUGAUAGAGUUAUUGCUAAUGUGAAGUGGGUGAAUAAGUAUGGAAAUGCAGAGGUCAUGUUUUUCCCAAAGGGAGAGUUUGACCAUAGUCCAUUUUUGGUGACUAUCUAUCCAAUCCAGGAGACUAGGAAACCUUUUAGAUACUUCAAUUUUUGGAGCAGCUACAAGGAUUUUCAUAGGAAGGUGGCUGAGAUUUGGAAUGAAGAUACAAUUGGGACCCCAAUGUAUUAUCUGGUUAGCAAAUUAAAGAGAUUAAGGGUAGUCCUCACAAAGAUCAAUAGAGAAGGUACAGGAGAUGUGUUUGCUGAGUCUGAGAAGUAUAAGAUGAUGAUAGCAAUUGAAGAAAAAAUAAAAGAGGAUCCAGGUAAUAUUCAAUUGAUGGAUGAGGAGAUAACAAUUCAGGAAGAGUAUCAGCAAGCUCAUAAGGAUAUGAUUCAAUUUUUGAAGCAAAAGGUGAAAAUUGCUUGGUUGAAGGAAGGGGAUGAGAAUACAAUAGUCUUUCACAUCAGUAUUAGAAGUAGGUGCAUCCAGAACUCGAUAUAUUCUAUAUGGGAUAUGAAAGGAAACUGGAUUGAUAAUCAGGAAGGUGUUGGUCAGGAUUUUAAGGAGUUCUAUGAAGCUUUGUUGGGAACAGUCUAA